GCGUUAGCCCCCAAAAUUCUGCGGUUCAGGAUUGCUAGAAACAACUUCACUCUUCUCUCGUUUUUCAGCUCUUCUUCAAGAGCAACAAUGUCCAUGGCUCUUUUCUCAUCUCCUCCGACCCAACUCACAACCUUUCCUCCAUCUUCCUCUUCUGUACAAACCCACUUAUCUCUCAAGCCUUCACUUUUCCCCACUCUAAGAUCCAACAAGAGGAAGCUUCUCCUAGUUUGCUCCAUAGCCACCGAAAAUGGCUCCGGAGGAACCAUCUCUGCCGCCGCCGUCGAGGAACAGAAGAUCCCAGAAGCUCCCGCGCCUGUUUCGGAGUCCGACGAUGGUAAUUUGGGGGGAAAUGGGUCAGCCGCGAAGGGUGUAUUGAAGUUUGAAGACCCUAAGUGGGUAAGAGGGACAUGGGAUUUGGUUCAAUUUCAGAAAGAUGGGAAGACCAAUUGGGAUUCUGUUAUUGAUGCUGAGGCGAAGAGGAGAAAAUGGCUGGAAGACAACCCUGAAUCAACGAAUAACGACGACAUUGUUGUUUUCGACACAUCAAUCAUCCCAUGGUGGGCAUGGGUAAAAAGAUUCCAUCUUCCCGAGGCUGAAUUGCUCAAUGGUCGGGCUGCAAUGGUGGGGUUCUUUAUGGCUUAUUUUGUUGAUAGUUUAACUGGAGUGGGUCUAGUAGAUCAAAUGGGAAAUUUCUUCUGCAAAUCGCUCUUGUUCGUUUCUGUAGUGGGCGUGCUUCUAGUUAGGAAGAACGAAGACUUUGAUAACCUAAAGAAGCUUUUUGAAGAAACCACAUUCUAUGACAAACAAUGGCAAGCAACUUGGCAGGAUGAGACCAUUUCCACCUCUAAAAAGGACUGAGAGAGUGAGAUUUGGUGUUAAUUGGAGCAUGUAAUAAUGAAUUUUCCCUUUGUUUUUGUAUGGUGUCUAGAACUAGAAUGAACUGUUUAUGUUAUCUUAUGAAAAUGUUUCCUGAAUUGCAGAUGGUUGCGGUUGACAUUAAAUGCUUGUAGAAUUUUGUUAUU